CUUGAUGCAUAUAUAAGAAAUCAAGAAAAUUGUUCUAAAAAAUAUCAUUCUGAUAAUUUUAACAAGUUACUUAAAUAUUAUAAAAAAGAAAUACUCGAUUCUAAGUAUCAACAACAAGUUAAAGAAUAUCCAGCAUUAAAAGGCCUUCUAGAAGCAGUAGAAGAAAAUAGAAUUAAAGAUUAG